AACGGUGCUUAAUUACCGAUAAAGAAGUGAUGAGGACAGGGAUUCUUGUUCACUAGAUUUCUAAUCGUUAUUCAAAGUAUAGUAGAUGAAACGUCGGCAUCUCGCGAUUAUUUACGUGGGGAAAUUCUGAUUCCUCAUCAUCCACCGAUGUCUGACUCCGGGGUAUUUUGGGGCAGUACUACAUGCGUAGGUAGGGACGAAGGUGCGAAACAGUUAGGAUACAUACAUACAUACAUACAUACAGGUAGGUACCUAUGUAUGUAUAUAAUGAGAUGAUAUCUCUUGGUAUAGGUCCAGCUUGUGUCGCAAUAAUCAAAGAUACUUACAUUUAUUCACACAAACUUGAUACGUACCGGGAUACCUGAUUUGAUCAGCCAAAUAUUUCGUCGCAUCAUGGCAUCCCAAGACUUAUCAGCUCCAUUCACCCUCUAUAGUUACACCUACUCAAUAUGCGCUCUUAUGGUGCAGAUGGCAUACGAGAUGCGCGGAUCUCCUCGCGAGGGAAGACCAGACCUCAAGCUGGAACGAAAAAUGGUCGACAUCGGCCUCGAAAGUCGCGAGCAGUUGAGCGAGUUCUACUUGCUCAAAGUCAACCCGAAAGGAGUCGUCCCCGUCCUCGCCAACGAGAAAGUCCUCGAUAAACCCAUGCCCGAGAGCAUAGAUAUUUCGUACUAUCUCGCCGAUUGGUACCCCAGCCUGCUUCCGGUCCAGCACAAGGAGGCGAUUCGAGAACUCCUAGAAGAGCUACACAAGAUUAGUUUCAAGCUUUUGACCUUCGGUACCCAGACCAAGUAUCCUAGCAUCGCCGUUGACUGGAUGCGCGAACAAAUCCAAAGGCCGGAUAUAUCCGACGAGUAUAAAAAGGCCUUGGAAUACAAAGCGGGAUUGACGAAAGGAUGGGCGGACAACCAUUCCGAAGCAGAUCUUGCGGAAGCCGAAACCCGUGCGCGAGCCUUUUGCGCCAAGAUCAUUGCGCUGAUGGAGAAACGCCCCGAAGAGAAGGACAAGAUCACAUAUAUCUUCGGACCUGAACCGACAUUAUUGGACGCGCAUGUGGUAGUGUUUCUCGGACGAGUAUACGAGAAGAAAAGAUUCGACCUUCUUCCGCCGGUUUUAGUUCAGUGGCAUGAGCAGCUAAGGAAGACGGGCAUGUGGGAAAGAGCCGUGCCAGCUGGAACGACUCUUCCGCCGAUGUGGUAGAGUAAAUAGUAAGACUCUUGACUGGGUAUUUAUAUAUCCUAAAGCAAGAUGUGAAUAGGUAAUGAUGAAGAAAGAAAGAAAAGCAAAGGGCUUCUUAUUUCGGAAUAAUACCUAUGCACCCCUCACAGUGCGUGUAGCGCUUUCCUCCAAUGUAGACAUCAUCUCUUGUGUAAGCAGGCACACUCUCCGGCUUUGAUGCUUACCUACUGUUACACAACAUGUUGAUGACGCAGUAACAAUGCUUGAGGAAUUGCGUACUUUCGCAAGAUAGCAUCAGUACUAGGU